CUUAAAACUGAUGUAGGAUUCCCCCCCGUCGCCGCCGUUGCGCACGACUCUCCCGGUCAGCAGCACCGACACCGACACUGACACCGACCACGGACUUUUUUUUAAUUUAUGUUACGUUUUUCUUCUUCUUCUUCUUCUUCGUUCAUCCGCUCACAGCAAGUUAGUCCGCUGCAGCGGGAGAGAGGCGCGCGUAAGAGAAGGAGAAGGAUAACGGGAGAUGCAGCGCACUGACUGAUCAGUGUGUGUCUGUGUGUGUGUGUGGGGGGAGAUUCCCGCGAGGAGACGGGAGACUGGGCUCAACUUGACGGAUCAUUCUUUUUGAUUUUGAAAUACAUUUUCCCCAUUAUGGACUUUGAGAUCCGGCGCGCGCCCUCGGUCCCGUCCAGUUCGUCUGCUGCGCGCGCGAACCGUGAACUGUGAUCUCGGCGCUUUGCGGGUGUUUGUGGCUCCGCAGCCUCCGCAGAAACUAGAUCCGUGUAUCAGUAUACAUCCCCCGUGACGCCCGCGUUUACAGCAGGACAUCAGACCAGGGGGAGGAGGAGGAGGAGGAGGCUUCCACCGUGGUCGGUCCCCGCAGAGCGCACGCAGCUCCCGGCAGAGAUGGACUGUGACAACACGCUGCGUCGACCGGACGAGAUGUGAAACAUUAUAUCAUCUGAUCUCGGACAGAAGACACUUCUCCUCCCGAAGUAUAACUUUUCCUCUGCGGUCCUCUCUCUCUCUCUCUCUCUCUGGUGACACCUCCGUGUACAGGAUCUCCAUGAAGCGACGCGCCGGGUGAUUAUACUUUUGUUUGGGGGCGAUUUUGGAUCUUUGGCACAACUGGGAGGGACAACAUGUGGACCCCGACGGAGGACGAGAAAAUCGGAGUGGUGAUCUGCAGCUUCCGGGGCUCGGUGACGCAGGGUUUGGCUCUGGAGGUCGGAGAGACGGUUCAGAUUCUGGAGAAGUGUGAAGGAUGGUACCGGGGGUUUUCAACGAGGAAGCCAAACGUCAAGGGAGUUUUCCCAGCCAACUACAUUCACCUGAAGAAAGCCGUCGUCACCAAUCGAGGGCCUCACGAGACCGUGGUGCCUCUGGAAGACCCCAUCGCCACCGAGGUGACGUCCACGCUGCAGGAAUGGGCCUUACUGUGGAAGCAGCUCUACGUGAAACACAAGGUGGAUCUGUUCUACAAGGUUCGCCACGUGAUGAUGGAGCUGAUCGACCUGCGCCGGCAGCUCCUGUCCGGUCACCUGACGCAGGACCAGAGCCGAGACGUCAAGCGGCACAUCACCGUCCGACUGGACUGGGGCAAUGAACACUUGGGUCUGGACCUGGUGCCGAGGAAGGAGUUUGAGAUGGUGGACGAGGAGCAGAUAAGCGUCUCGGAUCUCUAUAAAAUGCAUCUCUCCAGCAGACACAGUGUACAGCAGAGUACCACACAGGGCGACGGGACGCGGCAGCGACACGGGGAACCGUGCAGAGUUCCUGUACCGCACCACCUGCUGGUCAACCUGAAGAGCUUCACCUACAACAGCAUCGGAGAGGACACGGACAUCUUCUUCUCUCUGUACGACCUGCGAGAGGGAAAGACUAUCAGCGAGAAGUUCAUGGUGAGACUGAACAAGAACGGCGGCCCGAAGAAUCCGGAGAAGGUGGAGAGGCUGUGUGCGCUCUUUACGGAUCUGAGCAACAAAGACAUGAAGCGGGAUCUGUACAUUGUCUCACAGGUCAUCAGGACAGGUCGCAUGCUGUUGAACGACAGUAAGAAGGGCCCCCCGCACGUCCAGUACCGGCGGCCGUACGGCUGCGCCGUCCUGGCCAUGAGCGACGUGCUGCAGACCAUCUCCGAGCUGAAGGAGGAGAAGGACUUUGUCCUUAAAGUCUACACGUGUAACAAUGAGAACGAGUGGUACCAGAUCCACGAGAAUAUCAUCAGAAAGUCCAGCACCAAAUACACAGCUCCCAGCACCAACUACGGUCUCAUCAUCUCUCUGCAGCUGCUGCGAGGCGACAUGGAGCAGGUCCGCAGGGAGAACCCUCUCAUUGUCAGCAGGGGGGUGGCCAUCACACGCAAACUGGGAUUCCCCGAUGUCAUCAUGCCCGGUGACAUCCGGAACGACCUGUACCUGACCCUGGAGCGGGGGGACUUCGAGAGGGGAGGGAAGAGCGUCCAGAAGAACAUCGAGGUCACCGUCUAUGUGCUCUACGCCGACGGAGAGAUCCUCAAGGACUGCAUCAGCGUGGGCUCAGGCGAGCCCAACAUACCGGAGCACCGCUCCUUCGUGCUCUACCACAACAACAGCCCGCGGUGGAGCGAAGUCGUCAAGCUGCCGAUUCCCAUCGACCGCUUCAGAGGCUCCCACAUCCGCUUCGAGUUCAGACACUGCUCCACAAAGGACAAAGGCGAGAAGAAGCUGUUCGGUUUCGCCUUCACUCCUCUGAUGAGGGAGGAUGGAACCACUCUGUCAGACGAGAGCCACGAGCUCUACGUCUACAAGUGUGACGAGAACACGACCUUCAGUAACCACGCCCUCUACCUGGGCCUGCCCUGCUGCAGGGAAGACUUCAACAGCUGUCCCAGCAUCCCCUCCAGCCUCAUCUUCCAGCGCAGCGCCAAGGAGACCUUCUGGAUCUCCACACAGCUCUCCUCCACCAAGCUCACCCAGAACGUCGACCUCCUGGCCCUGCUCAAGUGGAAGGCCCACCCUGACCGGGUCAUGGACAUCCUCGGCAGGUUGCGACACGUCAGCGGAGAGGAGAUAGUCAAGUUUCUCCAAGACAUCCUGGACACUCUGUUCUCCAUCCUGGACGACAACACGGACAAAUAUGGCCCACUGGUGUUCCAGUCGUUGGUUUUCAUCAUAAACCUGCUCAGGGACAGUAAAUACUUCCACUUCAGGCCGGUGAUGGACACGUACAUCCAGAAACACUUUGCCGGUGCUUUGGCCUACAAAGAGCUGAUCCGCUGCCUGAAGUGGUACAUGGACCGGUCCGCAGAGGUGGUCAGACAGGACCACAUCCAGGAAGCCAUGAGGGCGCUGGAGUAUCUGUUCAAGUUCAUCGUCCAGUCGCGGAUCCUUUACUCUCGGGCCACGUGCGGGAUGGAGGAGGAGCAGUUUCGCACCAGCAUCCAGGAACUGUUCCAGUCCAUCCGCUUCGUCCUCAGCCUGGACAGCCGCAACUCCGAGACCCUCAUCUUCACACAGGCCGCUCUGCUGAACUCGUUCCCGGCGAUCUUCGACGAGCUGCUGCAGAUGUUCACGGUGCAGGAGGUGGCGGAGUUCGUGCGCGGCACUCUGGGCAGCAUGCCGUCGACGGUGCACAUAGGACAGUCCAUGGACGUGGUCAAGCUGCAGUCCAUCGCCCGGACCGUGGACAGCAGGCUCUUCUCGUUCCCAGAGUCUCGAAGGAUCCUGCUUCCUGUGGUCCUGCAUCACAUCCAUCUCCACCUGAGGCAGCAGAAAGAGCUGCUCAUCUGCUCCGGGAUACUCAGCUCGAUAUUCUCUAUUAUCAAGAGCAGCUCACUGGACACGUCGGUGCAGGAGGAGGUGGAGAUGAUGGUGGAGUCUCUGCUGGACGUCCUCCUGCAGACGCUGCUGUCCAUCAUGAGCAAGAGCCAAUCGCAGGAGGCGGUAAGGGGUCAACGCUGUCCGCAGUGCACCGCGGAGAUCACUGGAGAGUACGUGUCCUGCCUCCUGUCCCUCCUCCGCCAGAUGACCGACAUCCACUUCCAGCACCUGAUGGACAACUUCCAGAGCAAGGAGGAGCUCAAGGAGUUCCUGUUGAAGAUUCUGUGUGUGUUCAGAAACCUGAUGAAGCUCAGCAUUUUCCCCCGCGACUGGAACGUCAUGAGACUCCUCACCAGCAACAUCAUCCUGACCACAGCUCAGUAUCUGUCUCCUGCUCUGCACAAGAACUUCACAGAAGCAGAAUUUGAUUUUAAGGUGUGGAACUCCUACUUCAGUUUGGCGGUGCUCUACAUCAACCAGCCCAGUUUACAGCUGGAAAACCUGAGUCCCGCCAAGAGGAAGAAGGUGCUGGACAAGUACGGGGACAUGAGGGUGAUGAUGACCUACGAGCUGUUCAGCAUGUGGCAGAACCUGGGUGAGAACAAGAUCCACUUCAUCCCCGGCAUGAUCGGCCCGUUCCUGGGCGUGACGCUGGUCCCGCAGGUGGAGGUGAGGAACAUCAUGAUCCCCAUCUUCCACGACAUGAUGGACUGGGAGCAACGCAAGAACGGCAACUUCAAACAGGUGGAGGCGGAACUGAUCGACAAGCUGGACAGUUUGGUUUCUGAAGGCAAAGGCGACGAGAACUACAGAGAACUCUUCGGUUUGCUAACCCAGCUGUUUGGGCCCUACCCCAGUCUGCUGGAGAAGAUCGAGCAGGAGACGUGGAGGGAGACGGGGGUUUGCUUCGUCACCUCGGUCACGCGGCUGAUGGAGCGACUGCUGGACUACCGGGACUGCAUGAAGGGCGACGAGACGGAGAACAAGAAGAUCGGCUGCACCGUCAACCUGCUGAACUUCUACAAGUCAGAGAUCAACAAGGAGGAGAUGUACAUCCGCUACAUCCACAAGCUGUGUGAUAUGCAUCUGCAGGCCGAGAACUACACUGAGGCUGCGUUCACGCUGCUGCUGUACUGGGAGCUGCUGCACUGGGACGAGCGGCCGCUGAAAGAGUUCCUUCACUAUCCCGCUCAGACAGAGUGGCACCGCAAGGAGGGGCUCUGCCGCAAGGUCAUCCACUACUUCAACAAGGGAAAGUGUUGGGAGUAUGGUAUUCCCCUUUGCAGGGAACUGGCCUUCCAGUAUGAAUCUCUGUAUGACUACCAGAGUCUGAGCUGGAUACGGAAAAUGGAGGCAGCGUACUAUGACAACAUUAUGGAGCAGCAGCGUCUGGAGCCAGAGUUCUUCAGGGUGGGAUUCUACGGCAGGAAGUUCCCCUUCUUCCUCAGAAACAAGGAGUUUGUCUGUCGCGGCCACGACUACGAAAGGCUGGAGGCCUUCCAGCAAAGGAUGCUGGGAGAAUUCCCACAAGCCAUUGCGAUGCAGCACCCCAAUCAGCCAGACGAGGCCAUUCUGCAGUGCGACGCACAGUACCUCCAGAUCUACGCCGUCACGCCGGUACCGGACGGCGUCAGCGUGCUGCAGAUGGACAGGGUGCCGGACCGCAUCAAGAGCUUCUACCGGGUCAACAACGUCCGACGCUUCCGCUACGACCGCCCCUUCCACAAAGGGCCCAAAGACCGAGAGAAUGAGUUCAAGAGUCUCUGGAUCGAGAGGACCACGCUGAUCCUCACUCACCCUCUGCCCGGCAUUUCCCGCUGGUUCGAGGUGGACAAGAGAGAGCUGGUGGAGGUGAGUCCGCUGGAGAACGCCCUCUCCGUGGUGGAGAACAAGAACCAGGAGCUGCGCACCCUCAUCAGCCAGUACCAGCACAAGCAGCUGCACGGCAACAUCAACCUGCUCAGCAUGACGCUCAACGGAGUCAUCGACGCCGCCGUCAACGGAGGCAUCGCCAGAUACCAAGAGGCUUUCUUUGACAAGGACUACAUCACCAGCCACCCUGAGGACACGGAGAAGAUCACGCAGCUCAAAGACCUGAUGCAGGAGCAGGUCCACGUCCUGGGAGUCGGCCUGGCGGUGCACGAGAAGCUGGUGCACCCGGAAAUGCGGCCCCUGCACAAAAAGCUGAUCGAUCAGUUCCAGAUGAUGCGGAGCAGCCUCUGCCACGGACUUCCUGGUUUGGACAAGGCCGGCUCCGGAGCCAACACUCCCCGAGGGAUCCUGGCCUCUCACAGCCCCAUGAGCCCUGAGAGCUUCAAACUCAUACACCGGCACAGCCCCAUAGCCGUUUUGACUCCGGUGCGCAACUCCUCCUCCUCUCUCUCCUCCCACAACUCCAGCGAGAUGGGCAACGUUGGCAAUCUGCUGAUCCUGGCCGACGGCAUGGUGGUGGAGCAUCCGGAGGACUUCUACCGCAUGCAGGCAAGCCCCUCCUCCUCGAGUCUUAGCUCCACCCACUCCGCCCCCUCUCAGAUGAUUCACUCCGCCCCCUCUACCAUCAGAGUCGGCUCGCCCUCUCUGCCCGACAGAUACAGACACAACCGGGAGAUGCUGAUGCUGCUGCCGCCGCACAGGGAGCGGCCGAGCAGCGCCAUGUACACCAACGUCACCGAGAACGGACAGGUGGGAGGCGCUGUUAUCGGUGUCAGCCAGCCGGCGAACUUCCAGCGGGCGCUGCUCCACCAGGUGAUCGGCCCGUGUAAACCCUGCAGCGACCCCAACCUCUCGGUGGCCGAGAAGGUCCUCACCACCCCCAGCAGUUGGAGUUUGGACAGUGGUACCAGAGAGGCCCUCCCCUUCCUCACUGCCCACGUUGGCAGUGUCAUGGCGCCUCCUGUUCCCCCGCGCAACCUGCCUCAUGGCCAACACCUGUCGAUGCACUUUGACGCUUUCCACCACCAGGUCAGCGACCUCCCUCCAGCUCUCCCCGCGCGCUCCCUGAGAAAGUCUCCCCUGCACCCUAUACCUGCCUCGCCCACCAGUCCACAGUCCAUCCUGGAUGGCAGUAACUCCACCUUAUCAGGCAGCGCCAGCUCCGGGGUCUCUUCCCUCAGCGAGAGUAACUUCGGCGGGCCGGCCUCCUCCUCCUCCUCCUCCGACCCCCCGGCCGGCCGCACAGACACCCUGGACUCCGCCCCCAGCAGCAGCCAGGCCUGGGCCACCGACCAGGAGGACCCCGACUCGCCGUACCAGCCCGUCAGGUACAGCGUCUCCGAGCCGGAGGUCCUGGACGGAGUCAAGCUCCCGCCCUGCCGCAGCCAAUCCGCCCCGGGGGGCGUCGCCCCGGCCCAAGCCCGGCCCCAGGGCCCGACGCCCACCGGAGCUCCACCACCACCACCACCGCCGCAGGACGGGCUGCCACACCCACAGCAACACUACUACCAUCACCACCACCACUUCCCCCCGCACUACCUCCCCCACCACCCGCCUCUCUACCACCUCCACGAGCCUCCUCCGGCCCUGCCGCCCAAACCCUACCUCAGAGAGGGCUGCAUCCCCGAGGAGGACGGCCAGUCCGCGCCGCCCCCGCCCCCCGCCCCCCGGCCCAUGCCGCGCAAGAUCUCCCAGCCCAUCAUCGCGGCGACCAAGGACGAGCAAGCGAAGGUGGCGUGGGAGCACGGCGUCAGCGAGGAGUGACUCGUGGACUUUGGAGGAAGCAGAAGAAAAGCUCUUUAUCAGGAGAGAGAACGAGAGAGAAGGGCCGCAGCCGAGUCGUGAGGUGAUGUUUGCGAGGUCCUGCGCCGAUAGGCAGAACAAACACUGAGGACAACGGCUGUGAAGUUAAUCUGCCUGGAUGAAUAAGGAGCUACUGAUGAGUCAGUCACACAGUUCCUGAUGGUUCCUUGAAGACACGGUUCUAAAUUCUGUCCAACCUUUUUUUGUCUUACAUUAAUCAAACGUUGUCAUUCAGGUUGACGCGUCGCUCCGAUGAUGUCACGACAAGCAGCACUUUCACAAA